GGCGAUUGGUCAGUUCCUGCGAAGGAACUUGGUUAGCAUUUCCUUCCCGACGAUCACUCUUGCGUUGAUCUGGGCCGACUGGUCCCACACGAGGCAGUGGAAAGAGCAGCUGAAGCAGACCAACACAUCUGAAUAACCAUGGCGAUAUUCGGUAUCACAGCCCGCUACGUCUACUUUGCAUUCCCCAUGACUGGGUUUGCUAUUGGAUGGUACCUCGAUCACCAGGAGACCCUGAGAAUGACCAGCUUUAGGGACAAGUCUAUGCUGUAUGGAGGCAAUGUGCCUGAAGGUGGAGCUCCAUCUUGGCCUUAAAUCAUGUUUGUAAAUUUAUGCUAUGUGUAGUGGUUUUCAGUUGCAAUAAAGAAUAGUUUUGUCUAUUUAAA